AUGGAAUGUGCCCUCACGAUUAUCGGCCGUGACAAGACACUCAUCAGUGAAUUGGAAGUCAACAGUAAAGGCAAUGCUGUCAAGGUCCCCCACAGUAUGAACAAAGCCUCAGGCAAGAUCAGCAACUCUCGAAAGGCCUUUUCAGACACCAACUUCAGUGUGGCAACCAGGGGCUAUAUGAAGCCCAUCAACUGCCUUGACGAGUCGAUCCUCCAGGACGUCUGGGGCCGCAUGAAUGAGAUCGCUGCAAGGAGGUGUGGUGUGCCCCCCCACUGUGGAAGAAGAUUCUGA